UUUUUAACAUUACUCCUGAUAUUAUCUACACGAAUAUAUCUGUGAUUGCCACAAGGGGGCGAUAUAGUCACCAAGACGUCAGAUGAGUCCUGGCAUUACUUUACCACGUAUUACAAAAUGAUGAUAAGAGACACGGACCAGUCUAAAAUACACCCAAAUCAAAACAUCGGCGAUGAGGCUUUACCAUUACAUUCGUUUUAGUUACACCAUAGACCUGUCGUUACACAUCAGUUCACGCGCCAUAACAUAUAACGAAUUCUGUUACUGUACUGUGUAACGUGUAAACUAUUACUAGGCCCUAACUAUUAUUAUAAUUAUUAUUAUAACUAUUAUUAAGUUGGCGUAAAAAAGUAGCGCGCACUAUCUGGUAACGGUACGUGAUACGUUAUAACUUAUAUACACUGAAUCUGAUACAUCUAAACCCGCCAUGAUAUUAAUUUUAUUAUGAUUAUGAUAUCAUGGAUUACCGAUCGCCCGCAGACGAUUUUGAAGUGCUACAAUCUACAACAUCCCUAGAUGAUGUUGCGGCUAUGCAAAUGCAAUUUCAAAUGAAUGUAGAUGACGAGGAAUUAUUGGUAGGAUCCAGCUAUGAGCAUGAAAGCGUCUUGAAAGGUUCAAACGGACGAGCUGACGGCGACCUCUUCCGACGAUCGAACGCCCGUAAGUCCGAGCUGGCCGCCGACGCUGACAUGAACCCUGGGCAGAAUAAUCUGUCGUGGUCACCUGAGGAUGAGGCGGUUGAGGAGAUGCAUCCGGAGGAGGCCCGCUGGUUCUACCGUGAGCGAGGCGACAAAGAUCGUCACUGGACGGCGUUUAUCGGCUACGACUCGCUGCGCAUCGAGUGCAAGUACAGGGAGCUGCAGCUCGGCGAUGGCGGCGUGAUCUCGGAGCACAACGUGGAGACGAUCAGCGCACGUGGUGACCUCUUCGAGGUCGACGUAGUGUCGAAGAAAUGCUUUCCGAUCUACUGGGCAGCUGAGGCAGUAGAUAUCAUGAGAGGAACCUGGUUUUUGGAUGGAACCUGGCAGCCGCUCGAUGCCACCUAUGCUGACCUGGUGGAAGCAGAGCAUAUGAGGAGGUUCUACCAACAGACUGUGCAAGCAGACAGGACAACGCAUUGCAAAGGAAAGAAACCUGUGAUACAUCACCUUCAGCUUACGGAGUUUCACAUAGACUGGAAUAGUCCAUUUGAGGUGUUCAUGUUCAGCGAUAACAGGUCAUCAAAACUAAUGCGAUCAGUCACAAGCUCACUGGGAUUUUCCAAAUAUGGUGUUCGUUUGCAUCGAGGAUUUUGUGAGGAGGCUCGACCCGAUGACAAGCUACCUGAGAUCACACACCUCAUGUUCGUUGUACAUGGGAUCGGCCAGAAAAUGGACACAAAUCGCAUCAUCAAGAGUUGUAAAACGUUUCGACAAUCGAUCAACAAGCAGAUGAAUGAGAACUUUGGUCACAUACUGCGCAACCACCAGAGAGCGGAGUGUCUCCCUGUUGAGUGGCGGUCGUCCCUUAAGCUGGAUGAUGGUGUUGUCGAAUCUGUCACUCUGCAUAAGGUGCGAGGUCUAAGGGAACUCAUGAACAGCACAGUGAUGGAUGUAAUGUACUACGACAGCCCACUAUACCGGUCAGAGUUGGUACAUGGCCUGCAGCGGGAGCUAAACAGACUGUACGACAUGUUCUGUCUGAGACAUCCGUACUUUGAGGCUAGCGGUGGUAAAGUCUCUAUUGUGGCUCACUCUCUCGGGGCAGUCAUCACCUAUGACAUCAUCACUGGCUGGAACCCAGUGUGCCUGUAUGACCAAUAUGUCAAUGAGACACUGGACGAGUGCAUAAUAGAUCUCGCUGAAGAAAAGAGGGGGCUGUAUUAUGAACUGGAGCGUGCACGAAAAAGGGUGAAAGAGUUAGAAGCCAUACUAGUCAGUGACAGUGGACCCACACUAAAGUUCAAGCUGGACAAUCUUUUCUUACUCGGGUCUCCACUGCCCGUGUUUCUGGCUCUUAGAGGAAUGCAGCCAAGGGAUGGCAACACACUUAAGGACAUUCUACCUUCCUCUAUUUGCAAGAGGAUAUUCAACAUUUAUCACCCUUUUGACCCAGUGGCAUACAGAAUGGAACCAUUGCUAUUGAAACACUAUGAGUCUAUACACCCAGUGACCAUACACAAAGCAGAUGUUACAAGUAGGACACCAUAUGAAGAUCUGAAGACCGAGCUCAUUCAAUCUACUAAAAUCAGCGAGCGUGAUAAGGUUUAUGCUACAACAUCGCCAUCUGGUGAAAGCACCUCGGGAGGUAAUGCUCCUGUUGGACUGUCGAGGAAGUACCAGCAGGCUUCAUAUGCAUCAACGUUUGCGGACCUGGUGUGGUCCAAGUGGGGUGGCAGCCACAAAGCCACCAAGUUCAACGAGGAACUGAAAGCUCUCCAUAAGAUGGUAAGCUCGGAUGAUGACACUAGAAGCAGCACCUCUGCGAAAUACCACAACAUCGAUCCAACAGAUCUGGAGUACAGAAUCGACUAUGUCCUUCGCGAAGGGAGCUUGGAAAGCCAAUACAUAUCAGCCAUCACGUCACACGCGUCUUAUUGGGCUUCACCCGACGUGUCGCUGUUUAUAUUGACGCAUUUGUUUCCAGAAGACACACAGACAGAACCGAAAUACAUGUCAAAAGACAGCAAUGGUGCAGCAGCACACGCAUGACUGUAGCACGCGUAGUAAUGCCUGUGGGGGUUCAGCUGAGCUCAAGUCAAUUAGCAGUCACAGGAACAGUGAUUUGCUUAUUCCUGUCAUAUAUAUAUAUACUUCAUAUUAAACUCAUAUCCAACAGUCCUACAAUAAGGAAAUUGUAGCACUGCAUGCAGCACAAUCAGCAGUAUCACGUUUUGAUUAGGAUUGUAUUGUGAUGUAUUAACUCAACAUAGGUAUGGUUAUGAUUGACAAUAUCAGUUUUAUGUCAGAACCAAAUUCCUGUCCAUGUAGAAGAGCUGUAUAUAUAUAUAUAUAUAUGAAAUAAUAAUCAGUUUAUGAUCAGUUACAAUUUCAACCAAACAACUAUUAAGAGCCUAGGAAUGGUAACACCAGAUUAGCUAGCAUUUUUAGAACACUAAGAAGUAUUCUAUAUUAUUUCUAUACUGUUGUAAAUUACGUAAUGUACGCUGUUGACCAUUGCUAUUCAUACAGCAAUUAGCAUAUUGCAAAAAGCAUUUAUUUUUACCAUUAUGAGCCAUCUUAUUUUUACCAUUAGCAUUUAUUUUUACCAUUAUGAGCCAUCUUUUAGCCAACAGCAGUUUUAAUUAAAUUAAUUGCACGUGUAACAUGACGGUUAGUUGAGAUCAAGUGUCGUGUCUUUGUAAAUUAGAUGAAGCCAUCUCACCAAAAUUUAGCGUGCACGAUAGUUUCAAGCAUGAAAAUAUACUUUAUAGUGAUUAUUUGCAGACAUUUUGUCAAAAUUACCAGCAGAAUCGGCCAGUAUUUGCUAUCUCGAAUGGGGUCUUCCUCUUCUUCUCGGGCCACUACACUACACUCGGCCCAGCCACUGCAGCACACAGGACUUGGCACGGUGGUUGAAAGCCUCAAGGUCUUUAGGGCUACAUGGCUCUGGAAUAGGGGGCAUUUCAGGAGAUGUCCCAUAGUCUGGUCCUUCCCGCAGUCGCAUUCGGUUGGGCCAUCUUCAGUGUA